GAGAAGGUUCGCUCAAUAACACAGACAAAGAAGGAUAGAUUAUCCACGAUCCCAUGCCGAGUGGGAGGCGAGUCGGGUCCAUUCCCUCCAACCAUGCACAUAACUAAUCUCCAUUACAAAACAAAGAGGCAGGAUCACCACGAACCAACAACAAUACGAUACGAUCAAAGCAAGAGCGAUAAUGGGCAAUGCUCCCAUCCAAAUUGGCUUGAAAAGCGACAAACAGACGUAUCAUCAUGGUGAGACCAUGACAGGGACUGUCUAUGUGAAUGUGUCCACUGUAACUCCUGCCAUUCAAUCCUACCAAGGGGUCCGGUUGGCAUUUGGUGGCUCGGAAAACACAGAGGUCCGCAUUCAAGAAUCAGACGGCAGUGGUGGCGAUCGGUGUAAAAGUAUUCGCACCGAACGAGAGUCUACAUCGCUGUUUCAUGUCGAAGUCCCAUUGACAUCCUUUGCAUCACCCUUGCGAGUGGCCAAGUACGAAUUUCCAUUUGAAUGGAAGCUUAUUCCAGAUAAUAUGCCACUGCCAACAUCCUUUCGACAUUGCAAUGAUGGAAAAGGGUUCUGCGAAGUAAAAUACACAUUAUCCGCGUUUCUGGUACCACAAGAACAACAGCAAAUGGGAUUCUUUGGACCUCAUAGUGCUACUAGAAAUCCCAACACUUGUGCUUCACAAACCAUUCAAUAUGUGGGAGCCCCAACAAGGGAGAUUCCAGAGCCACUACAUCUGGCCGAAGAACGAACUCUCAUGAAUGGAUUUUGCUGUUGUUGGAAACAGGGACAUGUAUCGUUGGGCUGGGAAGCUGAUUCCAUUGUCUUGACACCAGAGGCGCCCUGUCAAUUACAAAUCUGGGGAUCCAACAACUCUGCCCUUCCAGUACACGGAUUGAGGGUCAGACUGAUUCAAUCCAUCCAAUGGCAGGCUGGUCAAGAGUUCCAUGGACGACACAGCAGGAACGAAAAUAUACCUUUGGUGGACUUCAAGGUGGAUGUUUCCCACUUGCCUCAAUGGGAUCCUGUCACAUCACACAAGGGACAACGUGGCAGCAGUUACAGUGGCGUCCACAACAAUCAGCAUGGUGUGCAGCCUGUCUCCACUUCCUUUCAAGUGCCACCAUAUGUGAUGGAUUCCUAUCAAGGACUUAAUUGCAAGGUGGAACACAAACUGGUUGUCAGUGCUGUCACACGAUUCAUGGCGACUACCCCCACAGUCUCGUACAAUGUUCAUAUGCAGCGUUCGGGCAUCACCUCCUCCUCAUCACCAGCAACCAUGCCCGUGGCCACGGCUUGGAUGGAAGAGUCGGAAUACCAAGAUGUUGCCUUACCUGUCGAUUGGUCCCCUGACGAAGCAUUCCCAGUUAUUCAUUUGACCGAAAUCAAGGCCUUGGAAGAUGAAACGGGGGAUAAUGCAUCCAAAGUGACCAUGGCUACAGCGGAAGCAGUCAUGGUGGAACCUGUUGGUGCUGCCGCCACCUCUACAACACGUUUUGGACGCAAUGACAAUCCUUUGAGUGGCGAAGAUCCCUUGGCGUUUGCCAGACCCGCUGUGUCUGCUUCUCAAGGCACAAGUAAGAGUUUGUCUUUUAAAAGUCAUCAGUAAGAGAAGUUGGUACGAGGCAGAGACACAACUGUGUCGUCGGGUGCCUAUAGUGGUACUUUAGUUGUCUAAAACCUAUACAUGGAAUAUGGAAUAUCCGCCGGUCAUGUGUUGAAUCGUCUGGCCCCAAUCAACGCUACCAAUACCGGUAGCUCGAAGUAGAUGGCGCGGCUGCAGUAGGAGCUUUGAUUUUCUAUAGUGAUCCACUCCAAACUGUG